CCGACCGACCGACAGACUGAAAGAUGAGGCGAACUGCAGCCCGAUCCUCACCUGUCCGAGGGGGCGUGGCAUACGGGCCCCCUGGCCUCACGUGUCUCAGCAAAUCAGAGGGCAGGACACAGGCAGUUGGUGGCUCAGAUUUGAACAAAGAGUGUAGUGUUUUCCUACCGGAGCCAUCCGUUGGUUCCAGAUGUGGACGUCAUGCUGCUAGAUCUUCACUCAGACUCUGGUAGCUGCAUCAUGAACUGGAUCUGAAGGACGAGUUGGUUCAGUGCAGAUAAAUCCACCUCCUGGUCGUCUGUUUGGUUUAACGGGACGCUGAUGCUUCUGACCUCCUUCUUCUUCUGCUGCCCCAAAUCUCUUAUCUCUGAUGGAUCCUGGCAGCCUGAGGACAGCAGCUGUCGUUCAUCCCGGUGUUUCGGUGUUUCGGUGUUUCAGGCCGACAGACUGAAGCCUCUGCGGCUCCAUGAUGACCUGAAUGCUGAUUAUUGUGGAGAUCGACAAAGGAGACAAGGAAAGGAGGAGAUGAACCGUUUCCUGAGAGCGGACUGCAGGGAGCUGUCACCGAAGCACACCGCCUCCUCCUCCUCCUCCUCCUCCUCCUCCUCCUCCUCCUCCUCCUCCUCCUCCUCCUCCUCCUCCUCCUCCUCCUCCUCCUCCAUCUCCAUCACCUCCUCCUCCUCCUCCAGCGCCGCUGGCUCAGGCGACAGACACGCGGCCCUGCCCUCGCUCCAGACCCGGGGACCUGGCGGCGGCGGGUCGGAGCCGCGGAGAUCCGGGCUUAAACGCAGCCGAGCCGGCCGGGAGGGACGAGAGGAACCGGAGGCGGCGGCGGCGGGUGUCGCGGUGCGAGGCGGCGGCGGCGGAGAGCCGAUCCUCGGGGUCUCCAAGCAGCAGCAGCAGCAGCAGCAGCAGCAGCAGCGUCGGGAGGCUCAAGGACGCAGCGUCGGAGGAGGAGAAGCUCCGGAGAUGAUUUCUGCGGUCAGCAGGGACGCGGACGGCGGCGGCGGCGUCUCCGAGGUGACCGCGGCCGCUCCCGCUGCGCCAUGCGCCAAAGCCAAGGAGGAGAGGAAGGGGAAGAACGUGAUCCGGGGCUGGAAGAGGGACCGGGACAGGGACCGGGACCGGGACCGGGAGAGGGACGCCGCCGCUCCUCCCGCCCGGACCAGGAAGGAGAAGCCCGGGGAAGGCUCGUCUCCUCCUCCCUCCGUCUUCCUGCCCGAGCAUCAUCUGUGCCGCGACGGCCCCGGUCUGUGCCGCUGCGCCGCCGCGCCGGACUCCAGGCUCCCGGGAGACACCGGCAACGUAAACAAUAACAACAAUAGCGGCGGUAACGGCGCCGGUAAAGCCGCGCUGGAUUGUGGAGUUAAGAGCGGAGCUAUUGUUGUCCGGAGGCAGCAUGAAGACACACCGGCGGCCAAGAAACACCGAGGAGACAAGGUGGACCCCAUGUUCACGGUCCCAGCUCCCCCAGCUCCAGGCCACCCCGGGGCCCCUGGAUCCUCCCUGCCCUCGGCCCCGUCCUUCUCCCCUCUGGCCCUGCCCACUUCCAACCCCAAGCAGCUGGCAGUAAGGACGAGGUCCAUCGGCACCAACACCCAGGAUGGAGGCGCCUCGGGGGCCCUGGAGGGUGACUCGGCCUGCCUGGGGCCCUGCCAGCCGGGGACCAGCGUCAACCUGGAGGGCAUCGUCUGGCACGAGACCGAGGAAGGUGUGCUGGUGGUGAACGUGACGUGGAGGAAGAGGACCUACGUAGGAACUCUGUUGGACUGCACCAAACAUGACUGGGCUCCUCCAAGGUUUUGUGAGUCUCCCUCAAGCGACCCGGAGCUGCCCGGCGGUCGUGGUCGAGGGAAGCGGAUGCGAUUGGCCAUGGCAGAUCGGCCCUGUGUGGAGCCGACGCCCACCACCAAAGUCAGGGGUCUAUCGCAGCACCGGAGCCGGGGAGGUGGCGUCGCUGGAUCAGCUGCCCCCAUCCACAGCAAAGGCAGGAGGGGCAGCCUGAACCUCAUCAACAGCAACUGCCGAGCGCCUCCGUCUUUCUUCACCGUGGACGAGGUGAAACCGGCCAACAGCGCCUCAUCGCUUUCCUCUGGGAAGCGCAAGAACAAACCGCCGGCCGACUUGGACCUCAGCUUGGUGUCCUCGGAUGACAUUAAAAACGGAAACGGGAAGAGGGUCAGGGCAAAAUCCCGUAGCGCCCCGUCAACGCCGCAGGGCAAAUCCGACCCCUCAUUCAUGGAUCCGGGGGGAGGUUGUGGCUCCUCGCCGCCUCCCCCACCCAUCCUCAUUGACUGCCCCCAUCCCAACUGCACUAAGCGCUAUAAGCACAUCAACGGCCUGAGAUACCACCAGACGCAUGCACAUCUGGAGGCCGAGGAGCAGAGGAAGCCAGAGCUGGAGCCCAUGAAGGACGUGGAGAGCGAAGAGCGACUGUCCGACUGCGAGGACGGCAUCAACAACAUCACGUACGACCUGUCAGAGACCAACAGUAGCACCAACAGCUCCUCAAAGAAACCCACUCCCCUGUACAAGGUGACCACGGUGGGUUCUCCAAAGAAUAGGCGGCUGCUGCUCAGCACCGACCACAGCCCCAACGCCAACUCCAAAACCAGAAGAACCUCGCUGCUGAAAGACGGCCUGAUCGACGACCUCAGCAACCUGCCCAUCAUCUCCAACAUGACCGUGGUUCUGGAGAACUGCAUGGUCCCGGACAGGAACUCCUCGGUGGAGAUGCCCAAACUGGAAGCAGAAGGUUUGAUCGAAAAGAAGGGAGGCGCCUGCGACAAGGGCAAGAAGGCCAACGGAAAGGUCGAAAAGUUGUCCAAGUCCAGGACCAAUCGGCCCAUCGCUCCGGCGCCAGCUCCGCCCAAAUUGAUCGCCAUACCCAACACGGCGUAUCCAAGUGCCGCAGAUCCAGUCACCUCCCAGCAGCCGUCUCCCAUGGCAGCCGUUGGCCUCACCAGUAAGAACCUCCAACUGAAACCCAUCAAACCAAAGCUGAGCAUCGUUGUGGAGCCGAGCCUCGUCAAAGCCACCCUGGUGACCUGCAAGGAGACCCGGAAAAAGGAGAAACGGAGGCUGAAGGACAAACACAACAAAGAUGCACCAUCCAGGAUGCCAAAUGGUGACAGCGGCGGGAUCAAAAUGGAGGACGGUGGCAGCGGAUCUAAAAUGGGCGUCAAGGAAAUCUCCGGAAGCCUUCUGAAGGAGCACCUGAGCAAACAGGAUGUAAUAAACGGACUCACGGAGAGCCAGGAGAGCAGGAUGGCCAGCAUUCGAGCCGAGGCCGACAAGGUCUACACCUUCACCGACAACGCCCCUAGUCCCUCCAUCGGUGGGUCAUCGAGGCUUGACGCUAGCGGUAGCUGCCUGGCAACGGCGGACGGCAGCAGCAAGAACAACAGCCCCGCCUACUCCGACAUCUCCGACGCCGGGGACGAUGGGGGAUCCUCAGAAUGUCGCUCAGACGGACUCAGAUCCAAAUCCAGCUCCUCGGCUUCAUCAGAGGUGAGCUCCAACAGCAACCACGGUAACUCCAGUAAAACCCCACCCACGGCGUCGGCCCCGAAAGACCCCCAGUCCCCUUACUACCACGGGUACGAUCCCUACUACCUGCAGGGGUACAUGCAGUCGGACCGGCAGAACAGCAGUGGCGUCACUUUCCACAAAAGCUCCCACGACUGCAAAGGGAAGGACAGAAAAGAGGACAUAAAAGAGGAUGAUAAAAGCUCCGUCCACGAGUUCUCGGAUUCGAAGAAAGGUGACGGGCCGCCUCAGUCUCAGCUGCAGCUCGCCAUGAGCCAGACCCAGACGGCGCUGGCCCAGUCGCUGUACUACGGCCAGUACUCCAGAGGACUCUACAUGGACCAGAAGCUGUUACUGGCCUCCAAGUGCUGCGACCAGACGCCCAAGCAGAGGGGGGCGAGGGACAGUGACGAGGUCAAGCACAUGGUCGGGGGUCCGGGAGGCAAAGGCGCCGACGGUGCUAAAGGUUGCUGCCCCAAACCCGUCCUGUCCUACGUGGAGAUGAGUGAGAGGGGAGAAAGGGGGCAGGGCCUGGGCGUGAAGGCGGAGCAGCACCCAGCCGCCAUCAAAGACUGCGACGACCUCAAGUCGCCCUCCUCUUCCUCUUCUUCAUCACUCCACAACCCGAACAGUCAGACAGAUCUGGACUCAAAUGUUUCCUUUUCCAGUCCCUCAGACGGCCCCGGCUGGCCCCACCGCCUCGCUCACGGGAAAUACUCGGAGCUGCAGCCCGGCGAGGAGGCCGAGGAGGGCGAGGCGGACUCUGGGAAGGAGUGGGGCGUUACUGUGGAGCCGGCCGGGGCCAAGAUGACCUCAGGGGGAGCAGGUAGAGGAGCCGAGGGCAAAAAGUCCAGACUCGACCCGCCGCCCGACGCCGACCACCCGGACCGGCUGGAGGCCCUGGAGGAACCGGGCCAGGAGGCCACUGGGGGACCGGCCGAGGAGUCCCAGAGCGCCCGGGCAGCGGUGUCGCCCCCCAUGACCCCCCAGCAGCCCUACAUCCAGUACCAGCACUCCUCCUACCCCCCAUACCUGGCCAUGUGUGAAGGCAGCGGGGGCUCCUACAGGGGGGUGUCCCCCACCCUGGUCCACAACUACCCCGGUUUCCACUACCCUCUCUACGGGAAGACGGCGGGCCGGGAGGAGUCGGAGGUGACUCCGCCCGGCCGAGGAGGAGCCGUGAGCGGAAAACAGAGCGGAGACUCGUCGUCGUCGUCGGCCAUGGAGCUGCUGCAGCAGCAGAGUCACCAGUACCACGGAAAAUCACCCGCUCCCGGUGAGAAGGGUUCCCCCGAAGGAGAGAGAGAACCAGAGCGGGAGAGGAACCAUGUGUCGUUCGCCCGACACCUGCACACACACCAUCACACACACCUGGGCAUGAGCUACAACCUGAUGUCAGGACAGUACGACAUCUACCAAGGUUUGAGUUCCAGGUCUCUGGUCUCCAGUCAGCAGGUGUCAGGACACUCCUCAACCGACGGCGAAGGGAAGAAGUAGGACCAUGUGACCACGUCUCACAUGAGGAACGGCAGAUUUAUCAGACAUCAAUUCCAUGGUGUUGAAUAAGCUUCGCCUCGCUGAGAGGCAGAGAACAGAACAAAAAAAAAAAAAAAAACCUCUUUCAUUUCUUACUAAUGACAGCCACCAGUUUUAUAAGUCAUCAGGAGGAGCUGACGGACGGACGGACGGACGGACGGACGGACGGACACGGAGAGGAACUACCUGUACAAACACAAUCACUGGACUUUUCAAGCUUUCAGUUUUUGCAGAGUUUUGCCAGAAGCCGGCGGCGCCAAUAAAACCAUCCCACUGAGCCCGACCUCGGCCUGACUUUAUAAAUGCACAUUUCUGGUAGUGUAUUAAGACGAUGGUAUGACUGAAUGUACUGACGAUGACUCCCGAUAGUGUGGAUUGCUUUUUUUUUUGUUUUUUUAAACAAACUCCUAUUGGGACAAAAACAGCAUUAGGAAGCUAAAAAGUCUAUUAUUAUCCUUAUUAUUCUCAUUCUGAUUAUUGAAGUGGUCCUCCCUCCAUAGUGCUGACGCUACAUUUGUAUUACUAACCUGUACUUGAGCGUAACCAUGUUGAUUGUAUUGUCUUUAUGUGAGAGUAAACCUUCACAUCGACCUGCCCAGUGCCAUGUAGGAACCCAGUGGUGUAAAUAUUCUGUACAGAUUCAUGGCGGAGCACUAACAUGCUUUAUCGUACACUACGUUGAUCUCCAUCAGCCAUGCAGGGCGGCAGAGAGCGGGGCGACGAACGGCUGAAACAACCACCAUUUAGAUCAUCAAUGGAUUCAAGAACAAGAGUUUACAUCCUCAGGUAAAGACCAAGUAUAACAUGGUAUAGUCUGGAGUUUCCAAUGACUCCUAGAACUCAAAAUCAUCGAAACACAUGAAUCUUUGUUAGAAAAGAACAACUAUAGAUUUUGGUUCUUUCAUAGAUUUAUUAAAAGUCUGCUGAGUCAAAUAUACACAUACAGAAAUGCUAAUAUUUGGUGGAACAUCCAUUUCCACCUCAGUUAGGUUCUUCUGGUUUCAGUCUUCUGGUUUAUCUUCAACUCCUCUGGACAGAAUUCAACUAAAUUUGUCAUCUUUCUGACUUGUUUCUUCAGGUCCUUGAUGGGUUUAAGUCAGGACUUUGGGGAGCCAAGAGCCUGAUCAUAAAUAUACAUACAGAAAUGUUAAUUCGGUUUGGUUCUUCUGGUUUCAAUCUUCUGGUUUAUCUUUGACUCCUCUGGACACUAUAACUACCGUCAAGUAUGAAGGUGGCAGUAUCAUUAUACUAUUAAUUUAAUUAACUCUGAGUUCUGCUGCAGUUCAACUAAACUUGUCAUCUUUCUGGCUUGUUUCUUCAGGUUCUUGAUGGGUUUAAGUCAGGACUUUGGUUCCCCAAGGAACCUCAUCAUAAAUAUACGUACAGAAAUGUAAUAGUUGGUUAAAUGUCCAUUUCCACCUCAGUUCGGUUCUACUGGUUUCAAUCUUCUGGUUUAUCUUUGAUUCCUCUGGACACUAUACCUACCGUCAAGCAUGGAGGUGGCAUCAUUAUACUAUCAAUUGAACUGACUCAAGUCUGAGUCAGAAAGAUGACAAUAUUAUCAUCUUUCUGACUUGUUUCUUCAGGUUCUUGAUGGGUUUAAGUCAGGACUGUGGGGAGCCAAAGUCCUGACUUAAACCCAUCAAGGAACGUGAUCAUAAAUAUACAAAAAGAAAUGCUAAUAUUUGAUUAAAUUUGUCCAUUUCCACCUCAGUUCAGUUCUUCUGGUUUCAAUCUUCUGGUUUAUCUUCUACCUACCGUCAAGCAUGGAGGUGGCAGUAUCAUUGUACUAUCAAUUUAACCCUAACCCUGACCCUAACUGCACCAGAUUGGAUCAGUUCAACUACAUUUGUUAUCUUUCUGACUCAGACUUGUGUCUUCAGGUUCAUGAUGGGUUUAAGUCAGGACUUUAGGAGACCAGUCUAGAACCUUCAUUCCAGCCUGAUGGAACCAUUUCUUUACCACAUCUGAUGUGUUUUUGGGUUCAUUGUCUGGUUGAAACAUCCAACUGUGUCCAAGAUCAACCUUCUGCUGAUGGUUUUAGGUUUUCCUGAAGAACAUGGAGGUGAUCCUCCUUCUUCAUUAUUCCAUCUACUUUGUGUAAAGCUCCAGUUCCACAGAGCAUGAUACUGCCACCUCCAUGCUUGAUGGUAGGUUUGGUGUUCUUGGGGUUAAACAAAAGUCUAAAACCUGCCCUAGAUGGUUUAAAACCAUUCCUAAAAAGGUCUAAAACCACGACUAAAAUCCAACCUAUCCAAUCCAAAAAAAUGUUCAGAACCAGUCAAAACAAAGUCUGAAACCAGUCCUAAAAAAAGUCUAAAACCAGUACAAAAUCGAGACCUAAACCAAACCUAAACUAUUCCUAAAAAAAACAGUCCAAGACCAUCUGAAACCAGUCCUCAUCCAGGACCAGAUCCAGAGUAAAAUAAAUCCUAAACCAACUUUAAAUCACAUCCAAAACCAUGAGAACCAAGACUGAAACCAAACAUAAACCAGUCCCAAGAAAGUCCAGAACUAGUCCAACAUCCAGUCUGAAACCAGUCCAGAAGCACUUCUAGGAAGCCCCAGAGCAUGAUACUGCCACCUCCAUGCUUGAUGGUAGGUUUGGUGUUCUGGUUAAAGGCCUCACCUUCAGUUUUACUUCAAUCUGACCACAGAACUUUCCUCCAGAAGGUCUUUUCUUUAAGUGAUUCUGGCAGCUACACAACUGGACCAUGAAUUUUAUUCUGACAAACAGAUGAUUUUGGAUCUGAAGCUGCUUUCAAAUGGCUCCAAGUGACUUUCUGACUGGUUCAAGUCUAUGAUUUACUUUUUCAGAACUUUGCUGAGCUGUAUAUUUUAGACCCAGCAGAUUUUGCCGUAUUUCCAGAAGACCUUUAAUAAAUCUAUGACGAAGAUUUGUGUGUUUCAAUGGUUCCUUCCUAGAAAAUUCAGAGUUCUAGGAGUCAUUGGAAACUGAAGACUGUCAUGACAUACAUGCUCUUUACAAGCAGUUAUAAACUGUUGUUCAUGUCUGUACCUGCAGCUCAUGUAGGUUUGUCAUUGUUUAGGUUGUAUAAGUGAUGAAUACCGUUUCCUGGAAGCUGUGUGUUCACCCCAGUUUGUGCUUCUUUGAUGCAUUGCCUUUAAAUUCUCUAGAUAUUCACAAAGGUUUUAAGAGCAAACAAAUUCACACACUGCCACUUUUAUGCAGCAGCAGAUUUAGAUUUGACGUAUCAAAACCACAACACUGUUCUGACUUUUAAAAAGCAAAAUACAGAAACUACACUGCAGAAUCUGGCUUUCUGACAUUUUACUGAACUAUCUAAACCUCAUUAAGCCAUAAAAAUUCAUUAAAUGACAUAAGAGAUGCUAUGACUGAGCAAGACUGCUGCUAGUAUAAAGAAUAAACCUGAAAAAGUGAUGCUGAAAUAAGAUGCACAAGCUGGAGCUGUGUCAGUUAUACUUUCCAUUACCAUACUUCUCAGAUAAUUCCAGUGUUAAAUCGAUCAUUAUUGCCAUUUUCUAGCUUGAAUUAAUUCAUCUUACCUCUGAGGCUGACAGCGUACUCCAAACUAAAUGGAACAUGGUGGUUUUUACUCAGGUAAAAUAGUAAGUUUAUGACCAAAAACACAAAAAACAUUUGGCGUCAUUGCUUGUCGGAUGCUUAACUUUUAUCAUUUUCACAUUUGGUUGCAUGAUGUGAAUUUUUAGUUUCAUGUUUUGAUUUCAGAAAACUGCGAGUCGUGCAUUAAUUCCUCGACUUACAGUGUCAUAUUCUACAGGUGAGAACAUGUUGAAUUCAGUUUAGAGCAUAAGAUGCUGCCAGCUGAACUGUUUUUACACACAUGCAUCCUGGUAAGAAACAUUUUAGCAACAAUAAACCAGAAUAUGUGACAGAAACUGAAGCAAAAUGGAUACCCACUGGAAUUAUCCUUGCAGUAAAAUGCUCAUACUUGUAUUUUCAGUGAUGAUAGUGGUGAUAAAUGCUUGUUCCUGCUCGUUCUGUCGCCCUGCCUCUGCUCCGAUGCUUUCUACAAGCAAACUAGCUCAUUGCAGAGCCUCUGAUAGACGCUUUGACCAUCGGUGUCGUACCACUGCCAGAUAUCCAGGACAGACGUACUUGCUUCAAAAACCCAAAUUUCUCUUCAUUUACUGUGGUUUGAUGACAUUCAUUAUCAUUAAAAUCACCUUGCAGGAGCUACAAACCACGUUAUUGUUUUGAAAACUGUUGCUUUUAACCAAAAUGUGCCCAAAACCCACAGUUAAAUCACUAUCUUAAUAUCUAGAAUAUGUUCUAACAAUACAACGCUGGACAAAACAGCUGGAAUUACAGUCAGUUUGUUGAUUUGUAUUGAGAUCAGCUCCACUGUAUGUGGGCUAAAUCUGCUUCACUACUCACUCAAAACUUAGCUUUUCAAGCUAAUUGAGUUGUGAUUAAUUUUCUUUCCGAUGACUGAGACAUGCCAAAUUCAUAUUCUGUCAGUCUAAAGCAGCACCUGAUUUACUGUUGAGUAAUUUUAACCAAGGGCUGCACAGUGGUGUAGUGGUUAGCACUUUCACCUUGCAACGAGAAGAUCCCUGGUUCGCGUCCCGGCUUUCCCGGGAUCUUUCUGCAUGGAGUUUGCAUGUUCUCCCUGUGCAUGCGUGGGUUCUCUCCGGGUACUCCGGCUUCCUCCCACAGUCCAAAAAUAUGCUGAGGUUAAUUGAUCAUUCUAAAUUGCCCGUAGGUGUGAAUGUGAGAGUGAUUGUUUGUCUCUGUAUGUAGCCCUGUGACAGACUGGUGACCUGUCUAGGGUGUCCCCUGCCUUCACCUGAGUCAGCUGGGAUAGACUCCAGCCCCCACCAUGACCAUAAUGAGGAUUAAGCGGUGUAUAGAUAAUGGAUGGAUGGAUGGAUAAUUUUAACCAAGCUGUUUGCUUUGUUUUUGCAACAACAGCUGUAAGCUAGUUGUUGCUAUGCUCACAUUAGCCCCUGUUAGCUGUAUGAGCUAGUGUGCUAAAUAGAAGUAUAAACAGUGACACAUUAUUCUGACAAAAUCAAAUUGCAGUCACUACGUAUCUGGUUAAUACUGAGUUACCAAUACAGUAUUUAUACCUGCAGUGACUGAACACUAGCUAGUUGCAGCUAGCUAGUGAGCAAGACUUAGCAGCUAAUUUUAACAUUUUUCCCCAUAUUUAUUUUCUUUAAAUGAGUGCUCUAACAUGUUAGAACUGUUGAAACAUUGUUUCAUAUCACAUAAAUAAUACAGGACCUAAAUAUAACUCUAAAAAGAUAAAUCUAGAUAAAUUAGCGCUGCUGAAACCUGGCUAACCUAGCUAACCUAGCUAAGCAGAACUGCAGAAACGGCUGCCUCCAUCUCCCGUAAAAUACCAAAAUCUGACUUUUUCCACAUUUUACUUACUAUAUAAAUGAUAUUAUGGCAUUGGAAUUCCCAGUUGUUGUGAAAAUUAUUAAUAACACUGUUAUUAAAUGAAAUGUGGAGUGGCUGCACUUUUGCUAGUUACGGCUAGCUAGUGAGCAAACCUGACCUACAGCUAAAUUAGCCUUUUUUAAAAUCUGUUUUCAGUUUUUUCUGUUGCAUUUAAAGAAAUAAUUUAAUGCUUUAACAUGUUAGUAACUAAGUUUAUAUGUUAUAUAAAUAACUUUAGCAAGUAAAUCUAGUCACAAAAAGUAAAAAAUAUAAAAGCAGCUAAAUGUCUAAUGCUAAAAGCCUGCUAGCCUAGCUUAGCGGAGGAGGAGUAACUGCUACCUUUGGUGAAAUUACCUUUAAUUUGUAUAUUUAAAUCCUUUUAAUUAAAGAUAAACAUGUUAACCAUUGGCUCAUUAGUGCAGAUUAACAAGAAAGCAGCAAAAAGAACAUAUUUUGUUUUUAGAUGCAACAUUUUUCACUUUUUAGAGUAGAAUCAAAUUAGCAGAUUUUACUAAUUUAGCUUUUUUCUUGUUUCUUACUUUAAAAAAUAUUUUAAUGCUCCAUCAUCUAACAAGCAACUGAGUUUUAUUACCACAUUAAAAUGCAGCAGUUAAUAAUUAAUUAAUAAUGAAUAAUCCCUCUAAUGGGGAAAUACAAGAAGAUAGCCAGUUAGCUUAGCUUAGCAGAGUAGCAGUAAAUGCAGCUCUACAGCCUUUAGAGGAAUUCAUGUGGUUUUAUUUCAUGACUACCUUUAAAUUAUAAUUUAAACACUUUAAAUUAAAGCUGAAUCUAUUAAACUUCUGGCUCACAUUUUUUGCUGUAACCUUAUAUGUUCCAAGCAGUGACAACAAUAAUUAACAUUUGGCUUGAAAGAGCUUAAAAUUAAAUUAAAAAGAGAGAGAUAAAGAGUCUUUAAGCCAUUUAUUCUCACCAUUUUUGUAGUUACUGCUCUCUGAUUUAGUUUUUCACUGUUUUUGUGAUGUUGAACGCACCACAUAAUUCAGAUUCAGCUGCAAUGCUGUCAUUUAUAACGAAGACAUGAGUUGGAAUCUGUAUUUACAAUAACUUACCAAUGCUUUUAUGCUGUAUUAUAUAUUAAAUUGUUAAAGCUCCACCACGGCGCCAACAUGGCCGACAGCAAACGUCCCGAUGGCGCUCGUCGUCUACCAGCGGCUCUGCCUCACCUACACAACACCUUACCUACAUAGUAUCAGUGAUCAUUCUAUUACUUGAAUAUAGUGCUAUGAACUCUGUUUACAAAAUGCUGUCGACUUUUGGGAGACACGGUGUUGUCUUAUCAAGGCUGCUUGGUUUGUUCAGUCCAUCCACCUGGUCAAUCCAGUUAAUAACUCACUGAAACCGUAUAAACAUGAAACCUGCUGUUGCUUUUUUAUACUGUAUAUGCCUUAAUUCAUAUGUUUGGCAAUCAUGAUUAAAGGAUGUUUAUAUAUA